GGCGGCGGCUGAGCGGCGGCGAGUGAGGGGGGGGAGAGGAGCGAAGGCGAGAUGAGCGCUAGGCUCCCCCUGGGCACAGAGCCGCCCUCGACAGCCGACGCUUGUGAAUGAACUGAGGCAAGGCCGCCCGCCGGGUGCCCCCCUCCCCUUCUUCCCCUCCUUCCCCUUCUCCCCCGGCCUGCCCGCCCGCCGGCGCUCCACCGCGGCCGUCCCCGCCUGCCCCCGGCUUCCCUGCCCCCACGCACCUUCGGGAGCGCGGCCCUGCCCGCCACAGCCUGCGCCGUCCACCGCGGCCGGGGGAACUGAAGGAAGGCCAUCAUGGGAGCAUUUUUAGACAAGCCAAAGAUGGAGAAACAUAAUGCCCAGGGGCAAGGGAAUGGGCUUCGUUACGGUCUAAGUAGUAUGCAAGGCUGGCGAGUUGAAAUGGAGGAUGCACAUACAGCUGUGAUUGGUUUGCCAAAUGGACUUGAUGGAUGGUCAUUUUUUGCUGUAUAUGAUGGGCACGCUGGAUCACAGGUUGCCAAAUACUGCUGUGAGCAUUUAUUAGAUCACAUCACAAGCAACCAGGAUUUUAAAGGGCCAGAUGGGCCUCCAUCUGUGGAAAGUGUAAAGAGUGGCAUCAGAACAGGUUUUCUGCAAAUUGAUGAACACAUGAGAGUCAUCUCUGAGAAGAAACAUGGUGCAGACAGAAGUGGGUCAACAGCUGUGGGUGUCAUGAUUUCUCCCCAACAUACAUACUUCAUCAACUGUGGAGACUCGAGAGGCUUACUUUGUAGAAACAGGAAGGUUCACUUCUUCACGCAGGAUCACAAACCAAGUAAUCCACUGGAGAAAGAGCGUAUACAGAAUGCAGGUGGCUCUGUAAUGAUUCAGCGUGUGAACGGCUCUCUUGCAGUUUCAAGAGCACUUGGGGACUUUGAUUACAAGUGUGUCCAUGGGAAAGGUCCUACAGAACAGCUAGUCUCACCUGAGCCUGAAGUUUAUGAAAUUGAGAGAUCAGAAGAAGAUGAUCAGUUCAUCAUACUUGCUUGUGACGGUAUCUGGGAUGUUAUGGGAAAUGAAGAGCUGUGUGACUUUGUAAGAUCCAGACUUGAAGUCACUGAUGACCUUGAGAAAGUUUGCAAUGAGAUAGUUGACACCUGCUUGUACAAGGGAAGUCGAGACAACAUGAGUGUGAUAUUGAUCUGUUUUCCGAAUGCACCAAAGGUAUCGCCAGAGGCGGUGAAAAGAGAGGCAGAGUUGGACAAGUACCUGGAAAGCAGAGUAGAAGAGAUCAUAAAGAAGCAGGGUGAAGGAGUCCCAGACUUAGUCCACGUGAUGCGUACAUUAGCCACUGAGAGCAUCCCAAACCUCCCGCCAGGGGGUGAAUUGGCGAGCAAACGGAGUGUGAUUGAAGCCGUUUAUAAUAGACUGAACCCCUACAGGAAUGAUGAUACUUCUGGAUUAUGCAGAAAUUUCUGUAAAUAUGGGCACUCCAGACUUUAAAGGGUUCCUUCUUUUUUCUUUAAGGAUUCUGCCUCAACUGAUGAUAUGUGGUAAAACUGCUCAUCUAGCUGUGGAGAUCACGUUUCAUCCUUCAAAUGAAAGUGCAGCCCAGCCUCAGUGACCCUUCUUAACAUCCAUCCUCAACCUUAAUUAAAGAAGGGAAUAUGAUGUGUUGGCGAGAGUGACUACAGCAGUGCGACAUCUAGCCCAGGAACUGAUCAUUUUUGUAAAACAGACUUCUGUAAACGUGAUUUCAAACCGUAAUUAAUGUUGUAAAUCAGACUCCAGCAAUUUAUGUUGUAUGAUUUUGUUUUUUGUAAAGUGCAAUUGUCUUGUAUAAAAUGCUCAUAUUUAAUUAUGAACUGCUUUAAAUCACUAUAAAGGUUAGAAGAAAUGUUUGGCUUGUGUGAUGCAACAGUAUAUAUCCCUUUAAUUCAUGUUGUGGCUUUGGAUUGCAAGGAGCAGCAGCCUAGCCAGCUAGGUGUUCAAGAGGUGCACAAAACUAUAAAGACAACUUUUUGUUUUAAAUGAAAGCUGUCUUGUGGGCAACUUACGAGAAACUGCAGUGUGUGAAUUUGAUUGGCAAUGGAAAUGUAACUAAGAGUAGUGAACGUUCUUUAGCAAACGUGAAUCGGUUUCUUGGGUGAUUCCUGCUCUCACACUGAGUUAAAGGGAGUUCUGAUUUUUUACUUCAGUGGGAGUUAAAUCAUGCCCUAUUAAUAGUAUCAUGUUCAUACGCAUACAAACCUUGGGAUUAGAAUGCCUUGAUUCUUUGCACCUCUUUUUUCAUUAACCCUUACCUGAAACUACUAAUCACUGAGCACGAACAGGCAGCUUUCUACACACAGUAGGAGUCUGCAGCAUUUUUACAAUCCUGAUUGGCUGGGUCUGCUGCUGUUCCAGGUAAAAUAACUUUGAAUUCCAUUUUAUCAAUAAAGCUUGAUUUAACAAACAAAAAAUUUAUCCAUAAAUGUGUAAUUCCUUUUUUCCUGCCUUUUAAAAUGUCAGUGCCAUUUUAGAUGAUAUUUUACUUGUGGAAGAAUAUUUUUAUUAAUUGGUAGCCCAUUUUUUAAAUGGGAAGGAUUUUGAUUAUUGCCCAAGACAUAGCCAUAUGCUAAAGGAUGAUGUGGGAUUAAUCCAUUGCCCUAUUUUUAAAAGUGUGGGGGUUUUCAGGCGUUUUGGUGGUUUGUUUUGGUUUUUUCUCCCCACCUGAAGGUGUGCAUUUGGUUUGAAUUUGCCUACUGUUUGAUAAAAAUACAUUUGUCAAAGCCUGACAAUCUUUAACAUUUUAUGGUGUGUGUUUUUAAUUGACCCACUUAGAAUGAGAGACUAGUGGUUAAACAGUACUUGUGAUUUGAGAUGUAGCAUGUUGACAAUAUUUAACUGUUCGUUGUUUAAAAUUCUGAUUUAAAAUUUUAUAAGAUAAUAAACUAAUUUGAUUUAAGCUUAGCUUUUUCCCAUGAAGCAUACAAAAACUAAGUUUUUGAGUCAGUCGUGUUUGCAAAACUGCUGUUUUGUGCACCUUGUAUUGUCUUUUUGGUUGAGAAUAUUGUAUUUAAUAUGUAGUUUACUCAUUUAGUAGGCAGAUUCCCAAAAAGGAAAAUCAGUAAAACAAGUAGAUUGUAACAUUUACUGCAGUUAAACAGAAUCAGAACUUGGUGUAUAAUUACUUUUUGAUAGGAAAAUGUAGUACAAUGCAUUUUGCUAUAUUUGUCUUUCCCUAACUUUGAAAUAUACAUAUUUGUAUAUAUAGCCUUAAAACUAAUGCAGAGUUAGGGAACACUGAACAGUGGAAAAGUAACUUAUAGUGUCUUGGAACUAAGUAUAGUAUAUACCAGCAAACUUUUCUUUUAUCCCUCUUGUCUAUGUGGGGUGCUUAAACGUAACUUCAUUGUAUUCAGUUUGUAAUCUGUUCAAGCAUGAAUGAAGAAAACAUGAGCACUAUUUGUAUUUAUAAAUUUAUAGCAAUUUUUUGCUUAAAGAACCAGUUCCUUACCUACCUAUGAAUAAAUGCUUAAAAUGUCUAAUUUUGUUGUAGAGUGCAAAACUAUAAUAAUGUUAACUUAUAGCUUCACAGGCACCUAAUUGACAAGCAUAUUUAAUAAUAAAUGGCAUAUUAGUGCAAAACGCUACACUUAAUUUAGGACUAGGCAGAUAAAGUUCUGUCUUUUUUACGUAGAGACUAAAGUUUAGUUUUGGAAACUGCAAAACUUUGAACUGGACUGUGGAACCUUUGAGUUUUAAACUGAAAUCUGAAGGAAAACUGUGGUGUGAAAAGCCAUACUUCAAACAAUAAUCACUUAAACUGUCUCAGUGACAAAUGUUGUAUUUGAAGCCUCUUCUUGGAGGUCUCCUAAGGGUUAGAAAGAAAAUAAUUCUGCUAUUGCUACAGGCGAUGUAACUAGGUUUGAGGGUAGCAGAAGAAAGCCCGUUUCAGGCCUUUCUCUCUCCCGCCUAUGUUCAGCGUUUUGAUGAGGACAGAGCACUGAAUCUACUAUGUAUGCAUAAACACUGCCAUUUUAGAUACAGAUUUUGAUUAAAAAUGUACGGAUUAAGUAUAUCAAGUAUCCUAGAAAAGAGGCAAGCUGUACGUUUCACUGCUCGGAAAAGGAAAAGGCACUUUUGCACCUUUGUGCAUCUUGUUCUUGCACCAGAAACUUUUUUUAAAUACUGAAAACAUUAGCACCUCAGGGGCAAGGCAGCGAUGUUUUUGAAGUAUUGUGUGCUAUUUAUUUCCCUCUUGGAAAAAGAUUCCCGUGUGACAAAAAUGAAAAUUGUGUGAUGUUAAAAGAUGUAUUUUUAAAUACAUGUUCAAAUAGGAUGGUCCCAAUUUGCUUGUUUUUAAAAGGAAAUUACAUUUGUAAAGCUACUCUGCUUCGUAUGCCAUGCAACUUUGUUUUUGUUCUACAUAUGACAGCUUCACUGGCUUCAGUUUCUGUGUGUUUUGUUAUAGUCAGAUUAAAUGUUUCACUGAUCAUUCUGGGAGAAUACCUGUACUGCUUUAUAGACAACUGUUUUAAAUAAUUCUCACUAAUUCAGCAUUGAAAUAUGUUCAAGACAGAAGCUUCUAAAAUGUGUUUUAAAACCAAUGUUGGAUUAACUAAACGUAAUUACAUUAAGUAGAAUCCUAGAUUUGCAAGGCUUUGUAAAUUGCUUGUGUCAGUAGAGUCCCUUUCACGUGUGAUGGGGUGGGGCAUAAAUGUGCAGGUCCAGUGCAAGCUAUGAAGCCAGGGCCUUUCAGCUGGCACCACAAAGACCUCGAUGCAUGGUCAUCACUCCUUUUAAUCUUCCAGCAGAAGUCAAAAUUGGAGAAAGGGAUUUCAUGUGCUUGUUGUUAAACUACACUGAACUGUGGUAGUCCUAGGUUGUGUCAUACUAGCAAGGUGCCUAAUGAGUAUUAAGUAGCAGAUGAGUAACGCUAGCACUUACCUUAAUAGUUCAUGCAGAUGCUACAGCAAAUAAUUUCAAUGUGUACUUAUGAUAAACUGACUUUAAUGUCCAUUAAGUUUUUCAUUGCAAAGCUGGUACUAUUUUAACUGUAGGUUCGAAUCAGAGCCAUUUUGCUCAGUUCGAGAAUUGGAUACUAGAAAUGGUGAUUUAACAAAAUUGGGUAACAGUUUUCAUUUCAGUUGAUUCUCUGAUAAGAAUCCCAUCUUAAUUUGAUACAGUGGGAUAGGAUAGACUUCCUAUUGCAUUUCAUUUUUUAGUAAUUCAUGAACUAAGGAUAUGGUUUCGUUACCAGCUUAUAAUCAAGACUAAACUAUUGCUCAAAGUUUUCCCCUUCUGGCGUUUUUGUGCCACUACUCCUGCUUAUGUGGCCAUGCAGCUGGGAGAAAGGCAAAAAUCUGUACUCUUCAGCUGGGUAAGUUGAUAAUCCAGGCACUGGAUUGUGGUCUGAGGGCAAGAUGCGGAGCUGGGGAGACAGGACUGAGAGCAAAGGAAAGGUUGCACCGGCCCUUCUGCCACAGUUUGGGAAUCCACACCCUAAAAGCAGAUAAGUGAUUGACCUGCAUAGGGGGUGUCAAAAGCCUUUGCAGACCUUUUUUCUCCCUAUACUCAAGACAAAUAUUUUUGCAUUGAUAAGCAUUUUUUUUGUAAAAUUGAAAUCAUGAAACUGGUUUUAAUGUCAUCUUGUGUAUGAGUUCCAUGCUGACAAACUUAUUUUCUGUUUGCUUUCUCUAGACAUAAGUACUUCUGUUCUGGGGGAUAGACAGCAUGGCUGCCACAAGGUUAAUGAUAUGGUUCUUACAGUUUACCUUGGUUCAGUGUACAUCAGGAUUUCAUCAUUCCAAGAUGUUCACCUUCAGCUCUACCUGCCCCUUCUUGAAUUGCUUUUAUACACAAAUUACUUGGUCUAUUUAACCUUGGCCGUGUCUGAAAUGGACUAACUGUUAGUAAGAUGUUACCCUUUU